CACAUGAGUGUGUAGGGAGACAGACGUCAGGGUGCUGAGCUUAGCUGAAAGAAAGACACACACACCCACACGCACUCUAAUACUCACUUGCUUAGACUUGGAUAUCACCUGCCUGUGGAUUUAAACUCUCUACCUGGCUGGUUCCCGACUCAAGGGUCACUCUUCAGCUCACAGUAGGACCUCAUUGGAGUGCUGGUGAGGGGAAACAAGUUUGGUCAUCUGGAGUUCUUCCGCUGCUUUACGGGAGCUUUUUACGGAAUCGGCACCAGACGUUCUUCAGGGUUAUUAUGUUUCAGAUCUGAAACCAAGAGAUGGACUCCGGGUCCCUUCUUCAGAUUCUGGCGGUUCUGUGUGUGAUCCUGAAGUGUUUGCCAGGUCAGGAGGUCAGACCAGUAAAGGUGGAGGUCACCAUCUGGGAGGAGAAAGUGAUAGUUACCUGGCAACCUCCAGAGGAUGCCCCAGAGAAUGCCAAGUACUUUGUGCAGCUAACGAGGCCUAAUGCUCCUCGUGUAAAUGUCACGUCUUGUGCAUCAACUGAUCUCCUAAAAUGCGACAUCUCUGAAUUAGUCUCAAACUACUCAUCACGUUACUUUGUGUGGGUGAGGAUGCUCACGGUUGAUCAAGGAAACGUCACCUGGAAGGGGAAGAAAUGGUUCACUAUGACAGAGAGUUUACUUCUCCCCCCAGUCUUCAGUUUGGCUGCAGGCUCUGGAUCGGUCAGGGUUAAAAUCCAGCAGAAGCCCAUUCUGCUAGACAUCUUUAAAUAUGGCAUUACAUUCACCGUUUCUCUGACAGGGGAGGACAAGAAUCAGACCAUUCAGGAGACGACAUUUGAUUAUGAUCCUCCACAAUUCAAGGAGGAAAUCACAUUUGAGGAUUUGUCAUGGGGUCAAACUUACUGUGUGGAUGUGAAGGCAGAAUCCCGGUCGAAGACCAGCCAUAGCUUCACAUCACAUUGUAUAUACUUAAGUCCAGACAAGUUCACAGUUGUCACUCUUGUGGUCAUUUCUGUCUUCGUCUCUGUGGUGGUUCUGGUAAUACUUGGUGGAGUAUUAUACGUCCUGUGCCAUCCAGCCAAAAUGCCUGCUACCCUGAAACCCUCAGGCACCAAAUGGCAGCCUCUCAGGAUCGACCAGACGCCAGUGGAGGUGGUCAUCACCAACGGCUGGUUCCUGUCUCGGCCCAGCCCGGACGACAAGAGGAAGCUCUCCGAGGACAAGAUGGCCAUUCUCCAGGAGGAGGAGAAAAGGGGGAGCCUGGACAGCGGGGUGAGCAUGGUGGCCAGCUCCACCGACGGGGACGCCGAGACGGAGGGCCCGCAAGGACUGCAGGAGGACAGCGGCUGCGGCAGUCUCGGAAGCUCUGCGGAGAACGAAAUUGAGCACGGAGGAAGCACCAUGCUGCCCCUAGAGGAGGGGAGGACUAUGUGCAACGGGCUCGCGCAGAGAGAGGACAGUGGGCUCGGACUGGGGUUCAACAGCGAGUCGGCCGGGGGCUCAGAGGGGGAGGACACUGGAUCGCUCCCCGACGCGGAGGUCACGAGUGGGGAUGGUUACCGCAGCAAGAGCCCGUCUUCUCUGCCGGACUUCAACAGCCGUCUUGAGGCAACCCUGACACAGACUCAACCAGAGGCAGACUUUGACAUGGCUGCCCCUGUGGUUGGCUAUAGGCCCAGUCAGGUGAUAGGACACAUUGCGCCCACCGUUCACGUCAGCGACAUCAUGCCCAUCAUGGACACUAACGAGCAGGACUUGCCUGUUCCAAACUAUCUGAGAAAGACUCAAACAGUGGAGCCCACAGGCUUGCUAGACUCACUGACCUUCUCUUGUGAGAGCUCCCAGAGCUUAGACGAGACGACGCCAUUCAUUGUGUCUCUGCCACACUUCCUCCUGAGUGACAAAGGGGCAGACUGUGGACUAUCUCUUAAUGACAUCGAGCUGAACUUUGGCUAGGUUCUUUACAAAGAAACUUCCUCUCUUCAAAGCUGACUUUAGACAAAGUCCUUUUAGGCAAGUCCACCCCACUUGGCCAUCUUGCAACGCACUUUGGGCAGUUGAUUUCCUUUUCGAGCGAAUGGGGAGGCAUACAGGAAGGGUCAGGAUAUGUAUAGUGACUACUGCCAUAUUGGCGUUAAGUACUAUACCCAUACAUUUCUAUGGGGUUAGAGUGCUGUCUCUCCUCAUUAGAAAGUCUCUUCUUGAGAUGGACAAAGGGAUGGUGGCCAUUUUAGCACCUUAGACCACAGAGAACUGCAGCUGUCGAAUGGAAAAAAGAGAUUCUUGUGCAUUCACUGUGCAUUUCUUGCAUCAUUGUGGACAGUGGAUUAAGCUGAUCAGUUGCUGGGACUAGACUAGUGGGUGGCUGUUAAGUGUGAACGUUAGGUUUCGUUAUUAAGUUUUCAGAGACCCUUGGGUAAUUGUUGAGUUUCGUUAUUCGUUAAGUCGCUGGUGGUCUUUUUGCUCAUGCACAAGGAAGGAGACUCUGUCCUGUGGUUGGCGUUGACAGCAACUGUUAGGACAUGCAGCAGAGAAACAGAAAUGACAGAAAAACAGAAUAGACAUACUUGGAUGGCAACAGUUUAAACUGUUCAUUUCCUCUGACAAGUGUUGGUGGGACACAUAUGCAUGCUCAUGUUUUUCCCCAUACUCCUGAGGAAAAUUUGCUUAAAUUAAUUCAUUAUGAAUUAACGUUGUUUCUUCUUGCAGCAGUGUUUAUCACCAAACCUUUGAAACAAUCCAUGCCAUUCUCUGGAAGCAAAGUCUAUUGUUUCUCUAGCUUAGCUUAAGGAUGAAUCCUUUGGCAGUAAGAUUUCAAAUCAGCUGGUAUUGAUAGUUAACUUGGCUGGUUGACCAAGGCUGUUUGUCUAUAUUAUUUAUUGAAUUUUGCACAUUUUUGCGAUGCUGACUUGUUCCUGUGUAUGUGACAGCAUUUGUUGUUUACAUUUCAUUUCAAUUUUGAACAAUAAAAUGAUUUACAGAUAUAUCCAUCAA